AUGAAUGGACCAACCUAUCCUUAUCUUGUAAAAGAUUUAUGGGUUAGGGCAAAACUUUUUGAUGAAUUUGCUGCAUCUGUGGAACUUAGACUUCUGGUGGAGAAGGACAGUUCCUUGAAGGGAAAGAGUAGAGAAGAAGUUGGGUUGAAGAAGUUUGAAGAAGUUGGGUUGAAGAAGUUUGAAGAAGUUGAAAUCAGAUCUACUCUAAUGGGUGUUGACGUGAUCAUCACUCAAAAAACCAUUGCUAAAAUUUUAAGAGCACCAAACUCUGGAAGGUUUAUUGUGGGUAUUAAAGACAACAAUCCUGAAGCUGGAGCUAUCAAGAGCUAUUUGUUUGAUAAUGCUGACAAUUUAUGUUCUUAUGACUUUAGAAAAGUCAAGAACAUGAAGAGAGAAUCCAAACUUGUGUUUAAAAUUUUAGUUGGAUGUCUGAUUCCCAGAGAAGGAAGCACUGAUCAGAUUUCAUGGGAUCACAAAUACUUCCUCUUCUACUUGAAGAAUGAAGAUAAGAUAAAUCUAUUUACUUACAUUUUCAAUCACUUGUGUGAAGCAAUCAUUUUGUAUGAUAUACUUAGAUCUAUAAGGGGUGAAUAG